AUGGAGAACGAAAAGGGUCGAGGAGAGAAAUACGGGUUUCACGACGAAGGACACUCGAAUACAGAACGCCACGCAAAUAACGAGAACGAGAGACAUUCUACUCUUGGCGGCCGCCAUGAGGAAGAUAACGCUUCACAUGCGUCACAAGAAUUCGAUUGGGAACAACCACCAGCUUACGAAUUUCAGGGCUCAGGUCCUGAUGUGCAAACGAAAGUCACUGCUCAAGAUGAUGGAAGGGUUGCUAUCGAUUUUUCUCAGACUGAGAAGUUGAAAAUUCCCAUUCCGGACGAGCCAAAACCUUACACGCCACCCAACAUUAACAACUCGAAACCUCCUUCGCUUAAUAUUGUGAUUCAAAUUGUUGGUAGUAGAGGUGACAUUCAGCCAUUUAUUGCUUUGGGGACUGCAUUACGAUCAGAAGGACAUCGUAUCAGAAUCGCAACCCAUGAUGUUUUUCGAGAUUUUGUUCGAGAAUCGGGUCUGGAGUUCUUUCCUAUCGGCGGUGACCCAACAUCCCUGAUGGCCUACAUGGUCAAGAACCCAGGCAUCAUUCCUAAAUUCAAGACCAUCAUGAGUGGAGAGAUUUCGCAAAAACGAAAGAUGAUAUACACUAUGCUUGAUGGCUGUUGGAGAUCUUGCAUCGAGCCAGAUCCAGAAACUAACACACCAUUCGUUGCUGAAUCAAUAAUUGCCAAUCCACCAAGUUUUGCUCAUGUACACUGUGCUGAGGCGUUAGGUAUCCCAUUACACUUGAUGUUUACAAUGCCUUGGAGUCCUACGAAAGCAUUUCCUCAUCCUCUGGCGAAUAUUGAGCGCUCGAAUACGGAUAUGACGACGAUGAAUUUCUUGUCCUAUGCACUUGUAGAGAUUAUGACUUGGCAAGGACUUGCGGAUGUGAUAAACUUGUGGCGUAGAAAGACGCUUAGUCUCGAUGACAUUCCACUGUCCAUGGGCCCUUUGAUCUGCGACUCUCUGCAGAUCCCUUUUACCUACUGCUGGUCUCCAGCAUUUGUUCCUAAACCACCAGAUUGGUCAAAUUGUCUAGACGUGUGCGGUUUCUUCUUUAGAGAGGAGCCAGAUUACACCCCGGAUGAAGAACUGGAUCAUUUUCUAAGAAGUGGCCCGCCACCUGUGUAUAUUGGCUUUGGCAGUAUCGUCAUUGAUGACCCAAAGAAGUUGACAAGUAUCUUGGUUGACGCUGUUCGAGCGUGCGGGACCCGUGCAAUCAUAUCCCGUGGUUGGAGUAAACUGGGAUCUGGUUUGGAUGAGCGUGCCAAUCCCGAUAUACUUUUCCUCGGCGACUGUCCUCAUGAAUGGCUUUUCAAGCAUGUAUCAUGCGUGGUCCAUCAUGGUGGCGCCGGCACUACAGCAUGCGGACUGCUAAAUGGAUGCCCGACAACAGUAGUACCGUUCUUCGGAGAUCAAGCAUUCUGGGGCCAGAUGAUCGCAGCCGCCGGCGCAGGACCGUUACCAAUUCAUCACCGAACUCUUGACCAAGAGAAUCUAACCCAAGCCAUCCAAUACUGUACGACACCAGCAGCCAGAACCGCAGCAGCGGAAAUCUCAGAACAAAUGCGACGCGAAAAUGGCAUCCAGACCGCGGUCCGAUCUUUCCACACAAAUCUUCCAGUAGAGGCUCUACGCUGUGACGUACUUCCCGAUCAAGUUGCCGUAUGGAGAUACAGUAUCAAGAGCAAAAAGCAACCGAAAAAACUUAUCAAACUCUCGGACGAAGCGGCUUUUCAACUCGUCGAGCGCAAGAAAAUUGACCCAAAACGUUUGAAACUCUACCGCAGCAAUCCACUCUCCCUCGAAAACCUCCGCUGGGAACCAAUAUCCGCCGGCACAAAUGUUCUCCUAGACGUCAUGACGAACUUUACUGUUGGCUUUAGCGAGAUCUUCACUGGUCCCGCAAAAGCAUUCCAGAGCAAGGAGAAUGGCGGUGGUGGAAAGCAGGCUGCUAAAACUUUUGGGAUGGGGUUUGGGAAAAUGGUGGGAGUGCUUCCGAAAGCUACAUUAGUCGAUUUCCCUCUCGCUUUGACGGAGGGAUUGCAUCAAAUGCCUAGAUUAUACGGGGAUACAGUUCGAAAUCACGGUAAAGUUCGAGAUUGGAAAAGUGGUGGUGUUGUCGCUGGAAAGAAUUUUGGCUACGGAUUCAUGGACGGUCUCUCAGGUACCAUAAUCAAACCGUAUAAAGGUGCCAAAGAAAACGGCUGGGCCGGCUUCGGCACGGGUCUCGCAAAAGGCCUCGGGGGUCUAGUGGCUGGACCUGGCUCUGGCAUGUUCGGACUAUUCGCGUAUCCGUUUCUGGGUAUGUAUAAGUCUAUUACGACAUCGGCGAUGACGCCGACGGAGCAGAAGAUUAUGUUGGCACGGCAGGUUUAUGGGAGUUAUAUGGCUAGGGAGCGGGAGAAGGGUGGGCAGAGGGAGGAGAGAAGGAGGAUGGUUGGGGAGGGGUGGGAGAGGGUUGGUGUUGUUGAGAAUGUGGGUGUUUGA